CUUUUUAAAAAAUCACGUGACAGGGUAGGGGACUCCCUGAACAACAUGGCGGCGCCCUCUUCGUCCGGGUCGGGCUUCAACUACCGGCCGGCGCCUUUGGCUCCGCUGCCGCCGCAGCUGGACCCGGCCUACUACGACACCUCGCCCGAGAAGCGCCGGAGCGACGCCGAGCGCCUGGCCAUCCGCGCCCGCCUCAAGCGCCAGUACCUGAUGCAGCUCAACGACCCCCGCCGGACGCAUCGCAUCGAAGACCCUGCCAUUAUUCAGUGGACCUAUGCCAAAGCAAACGUCUUCCCUAAUUUCCGAGUCAACCCUAAAACUUCCUUAUUGGGUGCAUUGUGUGGAAUAGUCCCCAUCGCUUUCUGGUGGUACGUCUUCAAAACGGAAAGGGAGUAUAAAGAGAAACUCAUCAAAGAAGGCAAGUACGAGCAGCCGUUCAAAAUUGCCUACUGAGCUCCCACGAACGGUGUGCUGUAAAGCAGCCAACUGGGUCACCGUUGCAAUUUUGCUUUCUCUGCACCGUGGCAUCAGGCUUCUUUCAAAAUAAAUGUUUCUUGUUGAGAAGUUGGUUUCUGUUCAUUUCAUGAUGAGGCGUCAGCUACAAUAAAGGCCACUUGAUUUCA